AUGAGUCUGGACACUCUUUCAUAUGAUGUGUUCUACCAGAUCGCAACGCUGCUGGACGACUGUGAUUUUAUAAACCUUAGUCGCACUAGCCGUGCCCUAUAUCAUCUGUCGCGAAGUGAACAGAUCGCCCGCAAAACCGUCGAGAAUGUUUUUCGCUACAGCAAAGAAGGUCAGGCUGCCCUCGCGGCCCAGUCCGGUUUUCGCCAGGCUGUUGGGCAUCGGCUUGCGAUCCACGAGGCUGUGGCAACAGCAAAUCCGUACUCGGCGGUCUGCGUAGGCUAUGGGUCCGAGUUUCUUUACAACCAAGGCCACUUAUGUUACCGUUCUGACCAUUGGAUCCGUCUGCUGUAUUUACAUGGUACGGUAUUCAGGGAGCGUGUCAUGGACCUCCGUGAUGCGAUCCCACGGCUGCUAGAAACCGGUCCCGUGGAGCCGGGUGCAGAGGACCGGGUUACGCUAUUGAGCUACAGCGAUGACAUUCUCAUCUUCCGAGUGGCCGAUGCGAACGCGACCGAGGACGCAUUGCUCGUGGUCAACAUGGCGUGGCGCGAAUACCACCAGGGACGGAGCCGGUUCCUACUCCAUGAGCCAAUCCCAGCAUCCGCACCGGUUUUUGUGCGACACUGCGGAACCUACAUCUGGUAUGGCAUAUUUAUGGCCGGCGAUGGUUCCGCGGAGGGUUCGUGGUCUAUUACUGGUGUGGAUCUCCAAUCGUAUGAAGGUAUUAACUUCGAACUCGACCGAGUGGUCGCUGGCGAUCUUGGCCAAACACUGUGUUUUGAGAUGCAUGGUGAAUAUCUCUAUGCAGUUUCGACGCAGGACGCCGCAGACGAUGAUGUGCACUCCUCUUUCUACUAUUGGUUCUGCCAAGCCCCUCGCGAUGAAUACCGCAGAUGGAAAGGUCGCCUGUGGCGCCGAGAGCAUCAAGAAGGCCCGAUCAAUGAGAUGUGGACUGAUCUUUCAAUCCGCACGGAUGAGAGGACUGGCCGCCCAGUCAUACUUGAAUGUCGCCGUGAGUGGCGUGAUGGCAAGAGUGAAAACCACCGUACAUACUACACACAGCCACUUCCCACACCAGAAGAAGCUCUAGCGCCUCUUGUAGAAGGCGCCACACAAAGUCCUUGCUGGGUAUCUAUGGAUGCAGAGCACCCCUACAAUGACCGACCUGCGAAGAGGUUGCGGCGGCAUUACCAUGCCGAGUAUGAGCCCGGCUCUACCAUGCGGCAGGAGUUCAUCGCAGCUCGCACCAAACACAAGAGUUACCAUCUCGGUGCAUCCAGCUUUGUGGAUAUUGUUAACGAUCCCGUCGGUGAUAAUCUACGGUCUCGAGAUCGGAUUCGGUUGCGUACGGUGUCGCGCAAGCGCAAAUGUCCUAUUGACGAGGAGGGAAUUGAGGGACCUCGCAACCAACUGUUCCAGCCCACCCAGGUGGACCAAGAUGGUUAUCCUGUUGAAGGUUCCGAGGAACGCUUUGAAUGUCGUGGCGUGUACAUGUGGCCUCCAGAAGACGCUCCGCCUGCAUUACAGCAAUUGCUCUGUCCAGGCCCGCGUACUGGAUCUGUGAAAAGCAUUGCAGACGACUGUUCGAUUAUAUACUCGAUUGACGCCCCGGGUCUUCCCCCUAAUCAACAAGCUCUUGUCCUCAUUAGCUUUGAUCCUAAUUUUCAACUUCCUAUUACUACGCCUCUUCCUACUGCUACCUCUCCCGCAGAUCACUGGGCUCCUCGGGAACUGUUCCCACAGACGCUGAAGCCACCGCCUCCGUAUUUUCCGUCGCGCAAUUUGGUGGAAGAGGCACCACCAUUCUUCCUGGGUAUCAGACGCGGGUACUACCUACGUGGGAUAAGGGAUCCAUAUUGGAAGGGGCUUGUUCCAUGA